AUGAGUGCUGACGAUUCAAAUAAAAUACAACCGAGUAUUAGUGGUAGUGCAUAUCUAUGGGAUUAUAUGACGAAACUAAAGGAUAAGGCAAAAUGUAAUAUAUGCUCUACUACUUUAAGUCGAAAAAAUGGCACAACUAGUGGACUACGUAAACAUUUACAUCAAAUGCAUAAACUUCCAUAUUUUGGUGUUAAAUCAAAAAAAGUAGACAUAAAACCGCAUCAAUUUUCUUCCGAUGAAAGAAAAAAACUGGAUUCAUUGAUAAUUAAUGCUAUCGUAGAAGAUGGACGUAGUUUCGGUGACAUGAGAAAACCAGGCGUAUUGAAAGUAUUUAAUCAUUUAGCACCCGGCUAUUCGCCUCCUCAUCGUAAUUCUGUUCAACGACGAUUAAAGCGAUUACAAUCUGAACAAAAAUUAAUACUUACCAAAGAUUUAUCAAAAAUUCAGUCUUUAGGUAUAACAUGUGAUUUUUGGACUGACAAACGACUUUAUUCUUAUUUAUGCUUAACUGGUCAUUAUAUAACAUCGAAUUACCAGUUUGUUUCAAAAAUACUUUCGUUCUCAUGGUUUCAUCAUCGUCAUUCUUCUACGAACAUUUCCAUGGUUAUUAAGAAAGAACUCAAGGAGUUGAAUGUAUUGGAAAAAACACGGUCGAUCACAACCGACGGUGCUGCUAAUAUGGCGAAAAUAGGUGAAACGCUUAAUGGUGGUACAGAACAAAUAUACUGCGUAGCCCAUCGUCUUCACUUGGUGGUAUGCAAUGGGCUUGGACUUUGGGUUCGUAAACAAAAAACCCUAUAUUCAUCAAAUAAUGAUGCAAUAUCAAAAAUUGAUAUAAUUGAAGAUGAUUCCGAUGAAGAAGAUUUUACUGAUGAUGUUCAAUUCAUUUCACAACCAUCAUCAAUCACUACUUCAUCAAGUUCACUGGAAUCAUUAAAUAAUUCAUCGGAUGUUCCGUAUGAAUUAUUAAGCAUAAAUCCUGAUAAUAAUGUCAGUAUAAAUGAAAAUUUAAUGGAUGAUGAACUGGAUAAUUUUUCGAACGAUAUUAUUGAUAACUGGUCGAUUGAUGUUAUUGAAGAUCUUGACACAUCAUCAGGUGAAACAGUACAACUACAUAUAGGUAAUUUAAUGAAAAAAUGUAGAUCCAUGGUUAAAUUAAUAAAUAAAUCAUCUAUUCUCACGAAUUACGUUGUUAAACUUAAGCAACAAUUCAAUAUUCAUCAUUCUCUUCAAUUGGAUUGUAAAAAUAGAUGGAAUUCAUCUCAUCAAUUAAUUGAAGUUAUGUUAAUGUACAAAAAAAUUAUCAAUAAGAUUCAUAGUGAAAAACGUGAUAUUAAUCUUAAUAAAAAGCAAAUGAACAAACUUUCUUCAAUCGAAUUAGAUCAAUUUGAUUGGAAAAUGCUUGAAUUAUUGGACUUUGUCUUGAAGCCAUUCGUACAAGCAACAAAGCUUCUAAAUGGUACACCAUAUCCUACCAUUGGUAUUAGUUAUUUUGCCAUUGUUCAAAUUCGAGAUUUUCUUGAAGAUUCAAACACUGUUGAUGAUGAUGAUUGGAAAAUUUUAUUUAAUUUCAAAGUACUAUUAUUAAAUCAGCUUGAAAAAUACUUCUUUGGAAAAGACGAACAAUGGCAAUUGAUGAAAAGUCAUGCUUAUUUCGAUCCUAUUGGUUACGGAUGUUUAACGCGACGAGAAAAACGAGCAGUUGAAUCCAAUAUUUUUGAAUCGCACGAUCAACAUAUUAUUGAAGAAACGGUCGAUGAGCAAGAAGUUAAUCAGACGCAAUCGAAAUCAAGUGUGAAACGUAAAUGUGAAUCAUCAAAGGCAUCAACGAUGACAAAAUUUCUUAAUUCAGUUGGUAAAAAAUCUGCAUCUUCAUCAAUGAGUCUAACAACAACUAACAAGAACACAUUAGGUGAAGAAAUUGCUACUUAUAGAACAUUAGCUCAAAGAGAAUAUAAUUCUAUAGUUGAUGGCGAUAAAGACCCUGAUGUAAUGCAAUUUUGGCAAUCACAUCAAAUCGAAUUGCAACAUUUAUCUAAAAUUGCUGCUUCUUAUCUUUCUACUCCAGCUAUUUCUGUUACAUCGGAAUAUGCAUUCAGUACGGCCUCAUAUCUACUACGAAAACAACGGUCUCAUUUAACACCCAUCAAUUUAUCUCAUUCAAUGUUUCUCAAAGAUAAACUUUACACCAAUUUUAACGCAUAG